AAAGGAAAAAAAAUCGAGUCUUUGCACUAGAACGUGUGCGAAGUGCAAAGUGCUAAAACCCCCUCGUGCGGUGACCCAACAACAAAAUGGCGGAGAACUUGCUGACGCUGCGCAGUUCCCAGUCUUCUCUCCUCUUCCACCAUCAAGAGCCCACCUUCCUCUCCUCUUCCCUGCGACGACACCCUCAAGGUCGCCGAUCUCGCCUCCGAUUCUCGCUCCCCGGGAAACCCGUUUGCUGCAACCUGACCGCGAGGCCGAAUCGCGCCGUGGGUCGUCUCGGAGCUCCUCCCGGGGUUCUGUCCGCGGACUCCACAGCUCCCGCGGCCGUGCUCACCGUUGACCCCGAGGGGAAGGUCGUGGGCGUCGAGCCGGACGCGGCCGGCGGCGGCGGGUUCGGCGAUUUGGGCGGCGGCGGCGGAGGCGGCGGGGGAGGGGGAGGAGGCGGCGGCGGUGGUGAGGGCGAAGGGGAAGGCGGGGAGGAGGCGGAGGACGGUAGCGAGAGGAAGCCGGGGAUGUCGAUGUCGCAGAAGUUGACCCUGGGCUACGCCGCCCUCGUCGGAGUGGGUGGAGUCAUGGGAUAUAUGAAGAGUGGAAGUCAGAAGUCUCUUGCUGCUGGAGGUUUGUCAGCUGCAGGAUUGUACUAUGUCUACACUCAGCUUCCGACUAAUCCAGUUCUUGCAUCUUCUAUUGGGCUGGGUAUAUCAGCUGCCCUUCUAGCAGUCAUGGGCUCUCGCUUUAAGAAAUCAGGGAAGAUAUUUCCAGCAGGUGUAGUAUCCGUGGUCUCUCUGGUUAUGACUGGAGGCUACCUGCAUGGAAUUAUGCGGAGUGCUCACUAAGAUCAUUAUAUGUCCAGUUGAAAUGGCCGUCUGUCCCCUCUUCGUUUGUUUGCUGAGUUAAAAAGGAAAGCAGGAACUGUGUCUCAUAGCUAGUGCAUCCGAUAUGGGUUACUGUCGAGACCCUUAUCACUGCUACAUACUUCAGUAGUCCUUUUCUCUUGUUUCUCUUAUUGUUUCUUUUCUCAGACUUAUCAUGGUUAGUCUGCCUUCUAUGGUCAGUUGUCCUUGGUUGUUUUAACGAGAACAGUGCUGUGGCAGAUCGGAGUAAUGUUUUUCUUGUGAAAAUUGUGAGUCUCUGAACCUUCUGUAAAUGCGUUUGCUGCACCAUGUCUUGUUUCCAGGCAUUCGUGCCUCUAUUUUGUUGUCAAGCAGGGAUUUCAUAUUUGAAGA